ACCCUGUGCAGGAACAAGCAAAAAAACUAAACAGAAAUUUCAGCUUAACAGAGAGGGACUACUCAAGGUGUAGGAGAGACUCCAAGACAGGAGAGGGUGCUGCUGUUCCUAGCUUCAUAGGUCAAGGUGGCAACAGCAUGACAGGUGGCCGCACUGAAGAGCAUCUUUUUUCACCCCUUAGAAACCGUGCUAUGUCAGAAAAUGACAUUCGUGUGGACGCACACAAUUUUCAUAAUCACACCAAUGUCACACCAAGCAGAAUGCGUGCGUCCACUCUUAGUGACCUGGAUGAGAAUGGAGUAUGUGUAGGUGAAGUAAAGAAGAAAAAAGGGCCUCCGCCACCUCGUCCACCGCCCCCAAAAUGGGAUCAAUUCCACAAGAGACGGGUAUCCCAACAUAACCUCUUCUCCUCCCCGCCACUUUAUUCCUCUCCCUCUUCCUCUCCACCUCGACCACAGCCGUGCACAUCCCAGCCCCCCGGUGUGUCUGAAAUGACACGUCAGCGCUCCUAUAGUCUUCCUCCGAGGGAGGUCUCGGAGAGCCAUCACUGCUGCAGUCAGGAGUACUCGGCGGCUCCCCUCAGCCCUGCUUUUACACGUCGGGCCUUUAAACCUGUAGCCCUGCCCCCAAGAGAGAGAGACAUGAGAAGGGAACUUCAUCAACCUUUGCCGCAGCCUGAACCAUGCACAAGAAUACCUGUCCAUAAUGCUGCAGUGUCAGAUGAGCCUAGAGUCACACUGGUGAAGCCCAUCUUUUUUGAGCAUCGAGCUGAGUGGGACCGGUCCAGUCCUCAUUACCCUCCACUGGGCACUACCAGGCCUCUUGAAGUCCCAGAGAACAGUUUGUCAUCUGCACCCGUGUGUCCAGAAUCCUACUUCUCCAUGAACAACUCCCACUUGCUGCCCCAUCAAGCAGGCUUCCCUGGAACAGCCCACAAAAAGCAGAUUAUUUCCUCCCGCAGUCCCAGCAGUAUUGAAGAUGGAAACCAGCCCCUGGAGACAGACAUAGAUGAGAUCUGUGAGAAUGAGCGGUUAGGAGAAAUUGACAGGAGGGAAGGAGAGCACAGGAUGGAGCUGCAGGGUUUUGCUCGACCAGUUAUGGUGCUGGAGACAGACAUUGACAACAUGCCUGAGGAAGGGGCUCCAUCAGCGAGAAACAUUAGAGGGCCGAGGGGUGCUUUGGUGGACUCCAUUCUAGAGGAUGAUUAUGGUUUAUCUAGGAAAGAGCUGAUAGGAGAGUUAUUUCCACACAGUGUAAAUACAGAGACGGGUGGAGAGAGCUGGAGAGGAGGCCACCCAAUCAGUGGAGGAACGUUUGAGAGGCCCUCUAGACUGGGAAUAUCCAUGGCACAAGUUUCACGAUCAACCUGUUAUGAUACGUCAGCUGACAACCCGCAACUUCUUGCCAGGAUUCGAGAGAUCUCAGACAGGAAAGAGGAGGAGGAAGAGCUCAAUUAUAAGAAGCAGCUGAUGGAGAGCCUUCGUAAAAAGCUGGGUGUCCUUCGUGAGGCACAGAGGGGCCUGCAAGAGGAUAUCCGCGCCAACACUCAGCUGGGAGAGGAAGUGGAGAGCCUGGUGCUCGCUAUCUGCAAGCCCAACGAGGUGGACAAGUACCGUAUGUUCAUUGGUGACCUAGACAAGGUGACCAGCCUGCUGUUGUCUCUUUCUGGGAGACUGAUCCGAGUAGAAAGUGCCUUGGACUGUGUGGACCCAGAGACUGGCCACCACGGGAGGCUACAACUUCUGGAAAAGAAGCAGCAGCUGCUGGUGCAGAUGGGAGAGGCUCAGGAGCUCAAGGAGCACGUGGACCGGCGUGAGCAGGCGGUUGGCAAGGUGCUGGAAUGUUGCCUGACCCCAGAACAGAUGCGUGACUACAGUCACUUUGUGAAGAUGAAAGCAGCCCUACUGGUAGAGCAGAGGCAACUGGAUGACAAGAUCAGGCUCGGAGAGGAGCAGCUCAGGGGACUUCGAGAGAGCCUGGGGCUGGGGUUCGGGAUGGGCAAAACCAGCUUGAGAUGAAGAAUAAGGAGAGACAAAGAAGAUUGAGAUAAAGUUGAUUUGUAUUUGAAGGGCUUGUUGUACAGGAACAAGGAAUUAAUGAAUGUAUGCAUUUGGUUUCAGAAUUGCAGAUUAAAAAGGUAAAUGUG